CUUACCAAAUUAACUAUCAAGAUUGAAAGAGAAACCAACAACACAUCAUCGUCACUCAACCAAAAAAAAACCAUGGAAAAAUACCAUCCUCUUCCUAUAGUUUUCUCUCUCCUCCUUUGCUUAGUUCUUACAGCAGAGGCUCAGUCCUACCUAGGAAUAAACUACGGGAACCUGGCGGACAACCUCCCGCCACCGGAAGCGACGGCGAAGCUCUUGAAAUCAACACCGUUUUCGAAGGUGAGGCUUUAUGGAGCUGACCCUGCGAUCAUAAAGGCGCUAGCUAAUACUGGUAUUGGAAUUGUUAUUGGUGCUGCUAAUGGUGAUAUACCUGCUCUUGCUUCCGAUCCGAGUCAUGCCACUCAAUGGGUUAACUCCAACGUGUUGGCUUUCCCUGAUAGCAAGAUCAUCCUCAUCACUGUUGGUAAUGAAGUCAUUUCCUCAGGAGACCAGAACUUGAUCACUCAACUAGUACCAGCAAUGCAGAACAUCCAAAAUGCCCUUAACACUGCAAAACUUGGGGGGAAGAUCCAGGUCUCAACUGUCCAUUCCAUGGCAGUCAUGGGUCAAUCUGACCCGCCAUCAUCCGGGGCAUUUGUUUCAGCAUUGGGAGACACCAUGAAACAAUUACUUGAGUUCCUGAAAGAAAAUGCGUCACCGUUUACCAUUAACCCGUAUCCGUUUUUUGCUUAUCAGAGCGACCCAAGGCCUGAAACUCUUGCAUUUUGCCUGUUUAAGCCUAAUGCGGGCCGGGUUGACUCAGGAUCUAAUAUAAAGUACAUGAACAUGUUUGAUGCCCAGGUUGAUGCGAUACGUUCUGCCCUUAAUGCAAUGGGGUUCAAAGACGUAGAGAUAGUGGUUGCUGAGACUGGGUGGGCGUACCGUGGGGACAGCAAUGAAGUUGGUACUACCCCUGAAAAUGCAAAGGCUUAUAAUGAAGGCCUGAUUUCACACCUCAGAUCCAUGGCCGGGACCCCGCUGAUGCCUGGUAAAUCAAUAGAUACCUACAUUUUUGCUCUUUAUGACGAGGAUCUGAAGCCCGGCCCAACUUCUGAGAGAUCAUUUGGUCUUUUUAAGCCCGACUUAUCAACGACCUAUGAUAUUGAACUCUCCAAAAGUAGCAGCCAGGCUCCAUCAAAAAGUCCGGUGACUCCCUCGACAAGUCCAGCUCCAUCAACAACUCCAUCAGUAACUCCCUCAUCUCCUUCACAAACUCCAUCAGCACCCUCUGCAACUCCAACGACGGCAGUACCAGUGACUCCUCCUCCAAAAUCUUCAGGAACAUGGUGUGUGCCAAAGAAAGGCGUCUCAGAUGCCCAAUUACAGGCUAAUCUAGACUAUGCUUGUAGUCAGGGUGUUGACUGCAGUAAAAUACAAGCUGGUGCACCUUGUUAUGAUCCCAACACAGUUGCUUCACACGCUUCUUAUGCCAUGAAUCUCUUGUAUCAGGCGGCUGGCAGGAGUCCGGGGAGCUGUGAUUUCACGCAGACAGCUACAGUUACAUCCACUAAUCCCAGUCAUGGUUCUUGUGUUUAUCCUGGUGAUGGGCAUGCCAGACUAUCUUUAGGAGUUGGCCUAACCAAAGCAAGUGCAACAAGAGUUCAUUUUAGUUGGCAUUGGUUUUGUUGGUGGUGUUUAUGUUUCCUACUUUCCUCUUUCUUCCUUAAACUGUAAUAGCUCUUCUCCUUCUUCUCUCUCCCUUGCACAUUGUCUCUUUCUAUUGUGCUGGCACGCUUCUCUCUCGCUCUCCUGCUCGCAGCUUGCAGCGUUUUCUCAACACCCCGUCUCCAUUGGGGACGAAUCCACUGCAAAUGUGCAAGGUAGAAAUGAACAUUUGGUGACUGAAAUGAGUCACCAGCUACAUAUUUAUAGGGUUUUAUAUAUAGUUACAAAGUUAUGGACCCUUAUGGGAGGAGACUAAUAUCCACCCUCGAGGUUUUUUUUAGUAAUUUUUGUCGUUAAAAUCUAUAUUGGUAUGUGUUAGCUUUUUUAUUUUAUUAUUAAGAUGUAAUUCUUGUGUAUGAUAUAUAUGCCAAAUUGCCAACUACAUCGUAUAAAUUUCUUCACUCCUUUUUCUUGAGAAAUUGACUUUAUGAAA